AUGGCAGCACCAGAACUCCGUCGUCGACGCGACAGUCUUUCGGAUGAUGGAUCGGAUUCGGAAUUGGACGAUAAUGAGAUGGAUCAAAUGGUGGAUGAGAUGCACAAAGAAGGAGCUGAAGAUCAAAAUCAAUCAAAGUGGAGCAAGGUGAAGGCUUGCUGCAAAGAAUGGGGAGAGACCUCAUCGUGUCACGGAGUUCCACACAUGGCUCAAGCACACACACUCUGUGCCGCAAUGGUUUGGGGAGUGAUUUUGUUCUUCGCCGCCUGUGGUUUCGUUUAUCUCUUUUCGUCGACUCUCGCCCAGUAUUUGGCCUUCAGUAAGAUUGUCAUGCUCAAUCUCGGCAUGGAGUCAUCCAACUUCCCAUCAGUCACCUUCUGUAACAUCAAUCCCUACAAAUUGUCAAAGAUCAAAGGAGUCCAAGAGUUGAAUGCACUUCUGACCGUCUACGAGAACGCGGGAACGAGUGGGAAU